GAACCAAACCACGAGGAGACGACACUGGCAACUCAGUGGAAAGCUGUCUAACGCUAGCUGCGCAACAGGGAAGCUGCUAGCGUUGUUGGCAAACAACAGUCGUGGUCUGACACCGGUACUGAAAGUCCCGGGUUGUGGAAUCGAUGCCUAUUGACUUUGUACUACACACGAAGCAGUGGAACGAGUUUUCCACUGUUGUCAACGAUUUUGGCGUGAUUUUAUGGACUUAAGCCGUACAGCAUUAGCUUGUUUUGCUGCGACUACGUUAGCUAACGGUAGCUCAUGUGCUAGCGUGACAUACGUAUGUUAACGGUUGAAGGAAGGAAAUUAACUGGCAUAGGUAGGAUCGCUCCGCUCCAUUUGCUAAGCUACUUUUUGGACGUCACGGCUCUACAUCGUGACGCAUCUUGAAAAUGUGACUUGUGCAGACUGUGAGACAUUUAACACUAUUUGUUGAUGAGAUAGUUGGUAGGUGUCGCUAGCUGUCAACAAAAGUCCUUGCUAGCGGUACUGCAAAUUCGCCAAGCACUUCUUAAGAAGUUGUGAAUCAGAUUGGGCAAUCUGAUUGAUUUGUGCUACUGAUAAGCAGGUGUGUUAGUCGUUUGUUGGCGGACUGUUUCGCUCCAGCGACAGCAGGACAAACCCAUGGCAUCGGGUGUGAUUGAGAGUGAAGCCGUGCUACAUGGUGUAAGUGAUAUGAAUUUGAACAAUAGCAACCCGGAUUGUGUCACACCCAGGAGGACUCAUGGUGGAAACAGGCAGACUUCCAGUCCCUCAUCCUCCGGGGUGUCCGGAGAAGGUGACGUGGAGGAAGUAGAUGAAUUACAAAAUAGCACCAUUGAAAAUGGCGAAGAGGCACUGAAGGAGAGUCUGACGACAAGUAGAGUUACGCUGCAGGAGAAGACGACACCAGAACAUGGACAGAAACAGCCAGCAGCAAGAAGCUCUACUCCAGUGAAACCUUCCCAGCCACGCUCACCAUCUGGACCUGUAGGAAGUCUUGAUCGCCAAGAAUCAGUCGCGACAACAGAAGCCCGUUUAAGAAUGGAAGGAGUUGAACUUAAGGAAGAGUGGCAAGAUGAGGACUUUCCACGGCCCCUACCAGAGGAGGAGGAGCUUGAAGAAGAGCUUUUUGCUGGGUCAUCUGAAAACCGAGACCCUGACUAUGUAAUCAACCAUAGCAAGAGGGCAAAGAAAAAGCUUGCAGCACCAGACAUCAGUCUGACAUUGGAUCGCAGUGAGGGCUCUCUUCUCUCAGAUGAACUGGAUGAAAGCACAGAGCUAGACCUUGAUGACAUCGACACACCGUCAGACAACAGCAAUGAGUUUGAGUGGGAAGGCUGCAGGCCAGCAACAUGUUUCACUUUUCCUUGUGACGAUCUCCCAAAACCAAAAACCACAGAGCUGCUUCAGAAAGGUGUGGAGUCAGUUCAGGAGUACUCGGUCUCAGAGGAGAGGGAGGAGGGUCGACGCUGGAGGAUGUUUCGUUUUGGAGACCAGGAGCACAGAGUGGACAUGAAGGCUAUUGAACCUUACAAGAGGGUUAUCAGCCAUGGAGGUUACUAUGGAGACGGCUUGAAUGCCAUAAUUGUCUUUGCUGUUUGCUUCAUGCCUGAGAGCAAUCAGCCAAAUUACAGAUACAUCAUGGACAAUUUAUUCAAGUAUGUCAUUGGCACACUGGAGCUUCUGGUUGCUGAGAACUAUAUGAUAGUGUAUUUGAACGGGGCGACCUCUCGUAAGAAGAUGCCAACUGUCGGCUGGCUCCGAAAGUGUUAUCAGCAGAUUGAUAGAAGGUUAAGAAAGAACUUGAAGUCUUUGAUAAUUGUCCAUCCUUCUUGGUUUAUUCGCACCCUGCUGGCACUGACGAAACCUUUCAUAAGCUCCAAAUUUAGUCAAAAAAUCAAGUAUGUGUACAGCUUGACAGACCUUGCAGCACUGGUUCCAAUGGAGUAUGUGUCAAUUCCAGAUUGUAUCAAACAGUUUGACAACGAAAAAAAUAGGACAAGCCGUAAAAGGAUCGACCAGGACAUGCACGGUAAAUUAGAGAUUGCAGCUGCUGCGGUUCCAGAGUGACCCUGCUCGUUGUUGGAGGAGACGAGGAGGAGAAAUGAUAAGCGAUGUUUCGAACCACAGCCACUCUGUGUUUAUAAUCUGGGCAACAUGGACUGACGACUUAAAUGUUAGCAUCAGGAAAGAGCCUUUUUACAGCCUGUUACAUUGUGGAACUUUGUGUUGUAUUUCUCUGUCAAAGCAUCUUGAUCAGCAUUUCUUACACAUGCUCUCUCAAGCAUUUUUAAUCAUUUUUAUUCACUGCCAAUAUAUUAUGUAAGACUUAGUUUAUUGGUCUUCCCUUGUAAUUGUUGUAUCUAGUCAUUAUUUAAGACACUCUCUUAAAAAUGGUUGACGCAUGCUCUGCUUUAUUGCAUUUAAAUAUAUAUAUUUAUAUUCAAAAGGUGACAAAGGAGAGAGAUUAAUAUAUUUUUAUGAUUGCUCUGAUUUUAAAAUGCAUUUUAGGUCUCUGACCCAAUGAGUGGAAUUUCAUAGAACAAGUUUUCAUGGCGCCUUUUUCACUGUUCACUGUGUUCAAGUCCUGCCCGGGGAAAAUAAAGUUUCACAAUUUUUCGCCCCUCA